AUGUCGGACAAGGUUGAGGCUGGCCCCGUCGAGCGAGAGUUCACCAAACCUAGUUUUGGCGCCAGACUGAAAGCUAAUUUCAAAAAAUGGUGGUGGCUCUACCUGGCUCUCUUCAUCGUCGUCGUCCUUGUUAUCCUGCUGCCGGUCAUCUUUGUCGGGUACCCGAGAAUAGCCCAGAAAGAUGUAAACAAGUCAACCCUCACCAUUAACUCCAUGGAAAUCACCAAUCCGGCCCCAGAGGCUUUCAAUAUCAAGGUUGACCAGACCAUCGGCUCCAAGUCCAAAUAUCACCCCAUCCUCGACGCCUUCAAUGCCACUGUCAGCAUUGCCAAGAGCAACAAGCCCUUCUUCGUCCUUGCUGUCCCCUCCGUCAAGGCUGUCGAUGGCGCAAAGAGCAUGAUUGACCAGCGCGUCCAGCUGGCUGAUGUCCAACAAUUCGUCGAUUAUUCUAUUGCAGUCAUGAAGUCGGAGUUUCUUGACCUUGAAAUUGAUGGCCGGACUGGGUUGAAGGAGGGUGCUCUUCCGAAAACGACGGUGGAUUAUAACAAAGUUAUUACCAUGAAGGGGCUCAAUGGGCUCAAGGGAUUCAACGUAACCGACUUCAAUCUCGUUCCCAAAGAAGGUGACGGCACCAACAUGCUUGGUGAAGUCUUCAUUCCCAACCCCAGCGUCCUAACCCUCACCUUGGGCGACGUCACCCUCAACCUCUCCGUCGACGGCAAAGAAAUCGGCACCUCCACGCUGCCCAACCUCGUCAUUAAACCAGGCAACAACACUGUCAAAAUGCGAUCCGCCGUCGACGUCGCCAAGGUCUUCCCCUUCGUCAGCGGCAAGGAUGCCAAGUACAAAAACGGCGUUAUCCCCGUUAGCAUUGUUGGCAAGUCCGCUAUAUAUAAUGGGAAGGAGUUGCCGUAUUUCACCAAGGCUUUGGAGUCGAAUGUGCUGCAUAUUCAGUUAAAUUUAGGUCCAUUGUUGGGAUUGAAGGGCUAG